UGACGUCAUACGGGCUAGGUGACGUGGCACCGGGAACAUUAGUAGCUACUCCUCAGCAGCACGCUCUUUACCGGGCAGCAAACGAGCCGUUCGAGACGACUUUCUUCCCCUCAGGGCUGUACGAUCGAGAUAAUGGCGUCAAAUAACAGUCAGGUUGGAAAGUGGGAAGUCGUGAAAAAAAGCAAGAAACCGGGCACCGCCGGCAGCGGAGGGAAAAAUCUCGGGGAGAAGAAAACUGGACGGAAAGCUCUGAGCGAAUCCAACAUGACGAGGACCGACCAGUUUCCUCCCCUGGUGACAUCGGGGACAUUGUUCGAGGCUUUUGAGAAGAUGGGGAAGAAGCAUAACAAGGAGCAGGUUCCUCCAGCCGAGCCCAGCAACAAGAAGCCUUCAGCGGGCAAACAGAAGGCCAAGCUUCCCCCUGCCUCUACACAGACACACAACACACACAAGAACCUGGAGGAUGCAUUCAAAGCUAUGGACGUGGGGGAGCUGAAGCAGCAGUUGGACCGGAGCCAGACUCUGUUCCCUGACAACCCGUCAGUGUGGGUCAAAGACCUGGCAGGAUACCUAAACCACGCCCUGGCUGCUCCGGAGACUGAUCCCACCCUCAGCAGCUACACACACGAUUACCCAUACUGCCUUGCGGGGAAGGAGCUGAGGGGUGUGGUCAAAGCUUUGAUUGGUCGCUGCAACGAGAGUCUACAGGACUUCUAUGACCACUGUGUUUACACCAUGCUGAGAGAACUGGACAAACAGACAGGAGAGCCUCUCCAUGGUUACCGGGUGUGUAUCCAGGCCAUCCUACAAGACAAGCCCAGAAUGGCUACACAGAACCUUCCUGAUUAUCUGGAGUUGUUGCGGUCAGUUCAGAACCGUCCGGUCAAGUGUCUGACAAUCAUGUGGUCUCUGGGACAGGCUGGCUACUACGACCUCAGCCAGGGGCUACGAGUAUGGCUGGGUAUCAUGCUGCCAGUCCUGGGGGUGAAGGCCCUGUCGUCCUACGCCAUCGCAUACUUGGAAAGACUACUGCUCCUCCAUGUUAACCUGACUAAAGGUUUUGGGGUCAUGGGACCUAAAGACUUCUUCCCUCUGCUGGACUUCGCCUACAUGCCAAAGAAUGCCCUGUCACCAAGCCUCCAGGAGCAGCUGUGUCGUCUGUACCCUCGUCUGAAGGUGUUGGCUUUUGGGGCGAAGCCCGAGAUGACCCUCCACACCUACCUGCCCUCCUUCCUGUCCCGGGCCACGCCCCACUGCCCUGAAGAUAUGAAGAGAGAGUUGCUGAGCUCCAUGACGGAGUGUCUCUCUGUGGACCAUCAGAGUCUGGGGGUGUGGAGACAGCUCUACACCAAACACUUACCACAGUCCAGUCUGCUGUUAAACCAUCUACUGAAGUCCUGGAACACCCUGCCACCCAAGUUGCGCGGUUGGCUGCAGGAGACUGUCCAGUCAUUCAGAGUGACCAAUGAGGAGCUGAGAGACACUGCUAACUCUGCUGACCUACAGGACUGUAACAAGCUCUGUCACUGUCUCCAGUUGAAGAUGUCAGGACGAGGUUUCCCCUGGUCCAGACUCUUUAUGGCUUUACUGGUGUUUGCUGCCGGGUUCAUUACACACGACAUCCGAUCCCGUGGCUCCUUCACAGACUCAGCCACAGCGAGCUAUCUCCACAGUUCAGGGGUGAUGGGAGUGUCUCAACAGGCCUGGAGCAAAGUCACCCUCUACUCACAACAGGGCUUCAGCUGGCUGGAUACCAACACUCCCUACUACUACUCAGAGGGUGUCCGUGUGUUGAGUCCGGUACUGGAGCAGACCUGGGAGAGAACUAAAGAUGCUGCCAUCUACAUCUCACAACUCACAACACAAUUCAUUGACUGGAUCAAUCACAACACACCCCUACUAGUAGAACGGCUGAGUUCCAGCACUCCGGACAGUGUGUUCCUGCUGAUGGACUAUCUGAAGCAGCUGUUACUGUUCCUCCAUACCAACUACCUGCUGCCAGCUCUCUCACACGCCUCCCAUCUAAUAGUACAGGCCUGGAUGGCACUGCAGGACUGCUGCAGUGGGGAGGUGUCUGUAUCAUGUCUCCAGACCUACGCCCUCUCUCUGACCAACUCUACCUGGCUCCUGCUACAAGACACCAGCAAUGCCAUCAAGACCUGGAUACAAGACCUGCUUCAGACCUGAUACACACACACACACACACAUUUAUACUGAUACACACACAUACUUCAUGCAUAUACACGCUUUAAACACAGUCUGAGACUCUUUGCUUGCGUUGCUCUGGCCUCCUCCCUUAGCCAUCUCUCUCUGACUCUCAUCUCUCUCUGACUCUCAUCUCUCUCUGACUCUCAUCUCUCUCUGACUCCCAUCUCUCUCUGACUCUCAUCUCUCUCUGACUCUCAUCUCUCUCUGACUCUCAUCUCUCUGUGACUCUCAUCUCUCUGUGACUCUCAUCUCUCUCUGACUCUCAUCUCUCUCUGACUCUCAUCUCUCUGUGACUCUCACAGUCUGUCACUAGCUAGGUGAAAUAACCAACAGUCUGUCACUAGCUAGGUGAAAUAAACAACAGUCUGUCCACUCUGGUCUUGUCAUGUGCAACAGUUGGCAGAGAGCGCUGGUAGGCUAGUCUACACGAGGACAUUAUUAUGGAGAAGAGAGAGAGCUGGUAGGCUAGUCUACAGGAGGACAUUAUGGAUAAGAGAGAGAGCUGGUAGGCUAGUCUACACGAGGACAUUAUUAUGGAGAAGAGAGAGAGCUGGUAGGCUAGUCUACACGAGGACAUUAUGGAUAAGAGAGAGCUGGUAGGCUAGUCUACAGGAGGACAUUAUUAUGGAGAAGAGAGAGCUGGUAGGCUAGUCUACACGAGGACAUUAUGGAUAAGAGAGAGCUGGUAGGCUAGUCUACACGAGGACAUUAUGGAUAAGAGAGAGAGCUGGUAGGCUAGUCUACACGAGGACAUUAUCAUGGAGAAGAGAGAGCUGGUAGGCUAGUCUACACGAGGACAUUAUCAUGGAUAAGAGAGAGCGCUGGUAGGCUAGUCUACACGAGGACAUUAUUAUGGAGAAGAGAGAGAGCUGGUAGGCUAGUCUACAGGAGGACAUUAUGGAUAAGAGAGAGAGCUGGUAGGCUAGUCUACAGGAGGACAUUAUGGAUAAGAGAGAGAGCUGGUAGGCUAGUCUACAGGAGGACAUUAUUAUGGAUAAGAGAGAGAGCUGGUAGGCUAGUCUACACGAGGACAUUAUUAUGGAUAAGAGAGAGCUGGUAGGCUAGUCUACACGAGGACAUUAUGGAUAAGAGAGAGAGCUGGUAGGCUAGUCUACAUGAGGACAUUAUCAUGGAUAAGAGAGAGAGCUGGUAGGCUAGUCUACACGAGGACAUUAUUAUGGAUAAGAGAGAGAGCUGGUAGGCUAGUCUACACGAGGACAUUAUUAUGGAGAAGAGAGAGAGCUGGUAGGCUAGUCUACACGAGGACAUUAUUAUGGAGAAGAGAGAGAGCUGGUAGGCUAGUCUACACGAGGACAUUAUCAUGGAGAAGAGAGAGCUGGUAGGCUAGUCUACAGGAGGACAUUAUUAUGGAGAAGAGAGAGAGCUGGUAGGCUAGUCUACAUGAGGACAUUAUCAUGGAUAAGAGAGAGAGCUGGUAGGCUAGUCUACAGGAGGACAUUAUGGAUAAGAGAGAGCGCUGGUAGGCUAGUCUACACGAGGACAUUAUUAUGGAUAAGAGAGAGAGCUGGUAGGCUAGUCUACAUGAGGACAUUAUGGAUAAGAGAGAGAGCUGGUAGGCUAGUCUACACGAGGACAUUAUCAUGGAUAAGAGAGAGAGCUGGUAGGCUAGUCUACACGAGGACAUUAUUAUGGAGAAGAGAGAGAGCUGGUAGGCUAGUCUACAUGAGGACAUUAUGGAUAAGAGAGAGAGCUGGUAGGCUAGUCUACACGAGGACAUUAUCAUGGAUAAGAGAGAGAGCUGGUAGGCUAGUCUACACGAGGACAUUAUUAUGGAUAAGAGAGAGAGCUGGUAGGCUAGUCUACAUGAGGACAUUAUUAUGGAGAAGAGAGAGAGCUGGUAGGCUAGUCUACAGGAGGACAUUAUUAUGGAGAAGAGAGAGCUGGUAGGCUAGUCUACACGAGGACAUUAUGGAUAAGAGAGAGAGCUGGUAGGCUAGUCUACACGAGGACAUUAUUAUGGAUAAGAGAGAGCUGGUAGGCUAGUCUACAUGAGGACAUUAUUAUGGAUAAGAGAGAGAGCUGGUAGGCUAGUCUACACGAGGACAUUAUUAUGGAUAAGAGAGAGAGCUGGUAGGCUAGUCUACACGAGGACAUUAUCAUGGAGAAGAGAGAGAGCUGGUAGGCUAGUCUACAUGAGGACAUUAUGGAUAAGAGAGAGAGCUGGUAGGCUAGUCUACACGAGGACAUUAUGGAUAAGAGAGAGAGCUGGUAGGCUAGUCUACACGAGGACAUUAUGGAUAAGAGAGAGAGCUGGUAGGCUAGUCUACACGAGGACAUUAUUAUGGAUAAGAGAGAGCUGGUAGGCUAGUCUACAGGAGGACAUUAUGGAUAAGAGAGAGAGCUGGUAGGCUAGUCUACACGAGGACAUUAUUAUGGAUAAGAGAGAGCUGGUAGGCUAGUCUACACGAGGACAUUAUUAUGGAUAAGAGAGAGCUGGUAGGCUAGUCUACACGAGGACAUUAUCAUGGAUAAGAGAGAGCUGGUAGGCUAGUCUACACGAGGACAUUAUCAUGGAUAAGAGAGAGCUGGUAGGGUAGUCUACACGAGGACAUUAUCAUGGAUAAGAGAGGUAUUCGUCAAACAACAGUCAAGCAUCGAUCACCAUGUCACCACUUCUAUUGUAAAGGAGCAUCAAGAUCCCAGUGCACUUUCACCACCCUGUGAAGUUCAUCGUAACUUAUUUCAUGUGUAGCCUCAUAAACGGCAUGGUUUCCUGAGUCGAAGUGGGAGGACCACACACCACAUCACGCGACUCCAACUUUACUUCCAUGUGAUGGUUAUUAUAUCAGUAUUUGCAUAGUAAGUCAUUUCCACCGCCAUUUCUUGCAUAAUACAUUUUACAGACACAAACAGAUCCAUCUCUCAGCCGUGUCUCAGAUCCUCUCUGUCUGUUCUCCUCGAUCUCCCCCUCAUCCUCUCUGUCUGUUCUCCUCGAUCUCCCCCUCAUCCUCUCUGUCUGUUCUCCUCGAUCUCCCCCUCAUCCUCUCUGUCUGUUCUCCUCUAUCUCCCCCUCAUCCUCUCUGUCUGUUCUCCUCUAUCUCCCCCUCAUCCUCUCUGUCUGUUCUCCUCUAUCUCCCCCUCAUCCUCUCUGUCUGUUCUCCUCGAUCUCCCCCUCAUCCUCUCUGUCUGUUCUCCUCUAUCUCCCCCUCAUCCUCUCUGUCCGUCUCUAGCUUGUAGUAAAUAUUUCUACCAAAACGUCAAUCUCUCUCUGGGAUCCCCUCCCCCUCCUCUCUGAGAUCCCAUUCCUCUCUUUUCUAUAAAGACUGAUUUAUAAAGUGUUACUGUUUAUUAGAGGAAGGGUUAUUAGCGCUGUAUUCAGGGUCAUAAACUGGUUAUUCAUGUUUAUAAAUACAGGAGCUCUGUUAGGGAGAGGGUGUCUUGCUCCUGAAAUCAGUCUCUGUCUCUCUGUCGUCUCUGUCUCUCCUCGUCGCUCUCUUUUGUCUCUCUCGUCUCUCUCCUCGGUCUCUCUCUCGUCUCUCUCCUCGGGCUCUCUCCUCGGUCUCUCUCUCUCCUCAGUCUCUCUCUCUCCUCAGUCUCUCUCUCUCCUCGGUCUCUCUCUCGUCGCUCUCCUCGGUCUCUCUCUCGUCGCUCUCCUCGGUCUCUCUCUCGUCGCUCUCCUCGGUCUCUCUCUCGUCGCUCUCCUCGGUCUCUCUCUCGUCGCUCUCCUCGGUCUCUCCUCGGUCUCUCUCCUCGGUCUCUCUCCUCGGUCUCUCUCCUCGGUCUCUCUCUCGUCUCUCUCCUCGGUCUCUCUCUCGUCUCUCUCCUCGGUCUCUCUCUCGUCUCUCUCUCGGUCUCUCUCUCGUCUCUCUCCUCGGUCUCUCUCUCGUCUCUCUCCUCGGUCUCUCUCUCGUCUCUCUCCUCGGUCUCUCUCUCGUCUCUCUCCUCGGUCUCUCUCUCGUCUCUCUCUCUCGUCUCUCUCCUCGGUCUCUCUCUCGUCUCUCUCUCGUCUCUGUCCUCGGUCUCUCUCCUCGGUCGCUCUCUUGUCUCUCUCCUCGGUCCCUCUCUUGUCUCUCUCUUGUCUCUCUCCUCGGUCCCUCUCUUGUCUCUCUCCUCGGUCUCUCUCUUGUCUCUCUCCUCGGUCCCUCUCUUGUCUCUCUCCUCGGUCCCUCUCUUGUCUCUCUCCUCGGUCCCUCUCUUGUCUCUCUCCUCGGUCUCUCUCUUGUCUCUCUCCUCGGUCUCUCUCUUGUCUCUCUCCUCGGUCUCUCUCGUCUCUCUCCUCGGUCUCUCUCUUCUCUCUCUUGUCUCUCUCCCCCUCUCCUGUCUCUCUCCUCCUCCCCUGACAGUGCUAACCCACUGAGCUAAUAAACACUGAGACUGGACUACUGCUGCUUCGCUCUGUUUACUUGAAGGCUGAUGAUGUUCUGUGCGUUGUGGUGAUGAUUGACCUCUGUCCUAAACCCUCCCCAUUCUCCCUGUUACGACUGAUUUAUGUCAGGGUUUUUGUUGUUAAUUUGUUACUUUAUACAUAUGUAAAUGAUUUCUAAUAAAGACUCCAGCCCCA